AUGGCGCAAACCAAUCUGCCGAGCUACUAUGCGCGAGGUCACUCUGAGUAUACCAUCGCAACACACCUGAGACGCAAAGCGGAAACAGACGCCGCCUUUCUGCUGCCCUAUAUCAAAACGACGGACCAUAUUCUUGAUGUAGGCUGCGGUCCAGGCACCAUUACAACCAGCUUAGCGAAAUACGCCGGUGAGGGUAAGACUGUUGGAAUAGACCUCUCGGCGGACGUUUUGCAAAAGGCGAGGGCACUGGCAGACGAAUCCAAUGUUCCAACCCAAGGGUCAGGCUCUGUCGUCUUUGAAGAAGGCAAUGUUGUGGACGGACUUGCCUAUCCUGACAACACGUUUGAUGUCGUCUAUAGCUCUCAAGUCCUCGGGCAUCUCCCACAGCCCGACAUACCACUCCGGGCGUUGGCCGAAAUGCGGCGGGUCCUGAAGCCGGGCGGCAUUCUAGCUACUCGGGACGGCAUGGGCCAGCACUUUUACCCACAGAGCUUCGACCUUGAUCGAUUGUGGGGAGCAAAUCAGCUUCGGGCGUCACGCAAAGGACAGCCUGAGGCAGACCCCACGGCAACGGUAAUGCCAGCGCUUCUUCGUAAGGCCGGCUUCGAUGUCGACGGAGGGAAAGUCCAUGUCGGCGCUGGAACCAGUGUGUUCUCGGAUGCGGAAGCACGGAAGCGGUUGGCCUGGCGUGCCGAUGGUCAGCUACAGCCAGGAGAUCCUUUCUACCAGACCUGGUUGGAUGCUGGCAUCUCUGAGGACGAAAUCCAGGAGACACUACGUGCCGUAAGAGGGUGGGCUGACACGGAAGAUGCCUGGCUCGUGCUUCUGCAGUGCGAGAUUCUCGCGUGGAAGUAG